GUACAAAGACAUUCACACAAUUCGCAGAUCAGCCGUGUGAUCUCUGCACUGGCAUUUUGAACAGAGCAAACACGCGCGCGGAGUUUCCAAAGCACGACGGCUUAGCAGAGCUCUGUUAUCCGUCCACAUAUAAAUAUAUGGAAACCUUAUUUUGACCUCUCUCCGCUUGAAAGCAAGAUUUCACCGGCUAAAGCACCGGGAGAGCUGCGAGUUUUCAUUGAGAUGAGGUUUGCAACUCGGUUCAAACGGCUACGACUACCACAACGUGUUAUUUUUGCCGGGAUUUUGUUCUGCUGGGUCGUUUUCUUUCUCGUGUUUACAAGCUACAGAAAAACUCAGGAUGGUGAACCCUUCGGCAACGCGCUCUCAACGCUCACCUCGCGUGAUACGUAUUACAACACGCGAGACGCGCGAUGGCUCACCACCUCCAAGGAACACAACAAAAACUACAAAGUGCGCAAAAAGUUACUCCUUGUUACGCGAAACCCGCCGAACGAACGCUUCAAACUCGCACAAGUGCUGCGGAAACUCCUCGAUGGAUUGAGAAUUACUUAUGAAUUCACCUUCACAGAAGACAAGGUGUUCCUAGACAUUAGACAUGCUCUCAGGCCGGAUGUACUCACAGGUCGCUACGCUGUCAUUAUAUUCUUAGACAUACAAUCAUACUUAGAUCUUAAAGACAUUUUAAAGGAAUGCAUUCUUGAUUAUUCCAAGAAGUUCAGUACUGGGAUCUUAUUCUUUACGACAAACUAUGAAGGAUUUGUGAAAGAGUUUGACCUAGAUGUGCGUAAACCCCCAAAAGAAAAAGGACCCCUUUAUAACAUGGUGAAUAGAACCUCUAGUCUUCUCCGGAUCACUAAAGAUGGCGGCCAGAUUGAGAAGCCACGUGUUUCACAAAAAGGUGCUGGCACCAGAUGGGCGUAUCUCAGUUAUGAUCCAAGUAGAGCCCCUUACGAGACUGUCAGCUAUGUCUUACCGAGUCCGCGGUCAAAAUCGCGUCGCAGUUUACAGAAUUCUCCCUACGACCGCGCCUCGGUGGUAAUCGACCCUGGCACAAGAGAUGGGAUCCAGCGGGUGUUUUUCGCAGGAGGCUUCCCGUUCUUCCUUCACUCCAUGUUGUUUAUGGACGCCGUGGAUUAUUUGUCUCCCAUGCCGUUGAUGUUCUCGCUUGACAGGUACUUGCAGAUUGAUGUGGAUGACAUAUUUAUUGGAAGCUCGGGAAUUAGGAUGCAGAGGAGAGAUGUGGAGGACAUGUUAUCAGUUCAGUCCAUGUUGGAGCAGAAGAUCCCAGGAUUCAAGUUCAAUCUUGGAUUCUCCGGCAAGGGUUAUCACCGUGGCAACAUCGACGAGGAUGACGGAGACGAUGCGAUACUCGAGUAUGCCCACCGCUUUACUUGGUUCGGUCACUUGUACGAUCACGAACAAGCACACAAGUUCUCUCUUCAAGAACUCGUCAGAUCGAUGAAGAGGAACAAGAAAUUUGCCAAGGAUCACGGCAUACCGCUGAACACAUCGUAUGCGGUCGCGCCACAUCAUUCAGGGGUGUACCCUGUGCACGAAGCUCUCUAUACGGCCUGGAAACGAAUCCACAGGGUUACCGUCACUUCAACUGAAGAGUACCCUCACCUGAAGCCCGCAUGGCUCCGCCGAGGCUUCACCUACAGAGGCAUCAAGGUCCUUCCCCGUCAGACGUGCGGUUUGUUUACAACCACCAACACGUUCAAGCAGUUAAAGGGUGGCAGGAGAGCUCUGGACAGGAGUAUUCACGGUGGGGAGCUCUUUGAGACACUGCUCAGGACUCCAAUUAUGGUCGUCAUGACGCACAUGACGAACUACGCCAAUGACCGCCUGGCACAGUACCUCGUCACCAGUCUUGUGAACUUCGUGGAGACGUGGACGAACAUCGAACUUCGCAGCGCCCCUCCCUCUCAACUGGCGGACAUGUACUUUCGUAUGUUCCCACAGGACAAGUCGCCACUUUGGCUGAGUCCUUGUGACGACCCUAAGCGUCACCUGGUCAUUUGGGAUAAACAAAAGUCUUGUGCCAAGUUUCCCUCAUUCCUUUUGAUCGGGCCACCUCAUGGAGGACUGGAACUACUGCAGUCUCUAAUCCACUUGAACCCUGAUGUCCUACGCAUGCGCAAGACCAAUGAUACCGCUGGGGAAAGCGAGUUCUUUAGUAGUGAUAAUUACCUCAAGGGUAUAGACUGGUACAUGCAGCGGUUUAAGAGUCCUUCGGACCCGAACCAAGUGACGUAUGAGCCGAGUAUGCGCUAUUUCACGAGCCAGGCCGCCCCGCGACGCGCAAGCGCACUACUCAAAGGCGCAAAGAUUGUGUUUGUACUUGAAGACCCCGUUAUGAUAGCCUAUGCACACUACAAGCACUUCAAGAAACUCAACAAAGUCGUCGAUACAAAGUUUCACGAGCUUGUGACCAGCGGUACUACGCCCGAGCUAGAGAGCACGCGCAAAGCGAUCUUGCGCCCAGGCCACUACGCCGAGCACAUCGGUAGAUGGAUGAAGUACUUUGAUCCUAAUUACAUGCUUAUCGUCAACCUUAAAGACUUGGUUACUCAGCCGGUUGCCGUCAUGAACGAUUUACAGGAGUUUCUUGCACUAGACCGUCGCCAUGACUACGAGAAUUACCUCAAAUUUAACAGGACAAUAAAUUCUUACUGCUUAGUUCAAUCCCAUGAUUUACCACGCACCUGUUACACCUACGAAAACAACACUCCAAGCAUACUAGACGAGUCCACGAUCAAGUACCUCCAGCGGUAUUACGCAAAGCACAACCACAACCUCAUGCGAAUAAACCAAAAGAUAAAAUUCAAGCUCCCUUAUUGGCUGAAAGACAUCGGCAAAUGAGGCGGUCUUUACAUGUGGACAACUCAGCUGGUCUAGAGACCGUGGCCUGGGAACUACGCGGCCUGGUCUGUGAAGAGUGACCUGGGAACAAGUUGACUACAAAAGGAAUAUGUGACGAAAAAUUUGACCCGAUUACAGCUGUCAUGCGCAGUGAUAAACUCGGCACAAGCCAACCUCAAUCAAGUAAUUGAUUGUAGAGACCGCCAUAUUGUUUUUUGAAUGCAAAGCACACUUGAGAAGACUGGUAGUAUAACUUAAUUUAUCAUUAUUUCAAUGGUAAUUAUUGUACAUAUAUGAAUGUAUAUAACCGUAAAACAUUUUCACGGAUGUUAUAACCUGUCUAAAGACAGUUCAAUCCAUGUCACGGAUACUUAGUUUCCUCGAAAUAGUAGAGUCUAUUUAAACAAACUUCUUUAAAUAGAAAAAUGAAAAAGAAAAGAUUUUAUUUUUUAUCAGAACGAGUACCCGUAGUUUUAUAACAAAAUUAUAUACUACACAUUUCCUGUUAUUGCAACAAAUAUGGGAUUACAUCAAAUGUAUGUAUAGCUAUUAUAUUAUUGUAAAUAAAAAGAAAAUACUAUUUACUGAGAGACGGAAAUGGGAAUUCUUAAUUAAAGAUAUGUUUAUAUUA